GACGCGGUUGGAAACAAUAAAAUUUUGCCUCCGCGCGGCGUAGAAAAAUUAUUUAACUUUUUGACGUGCUCGCAUAAAACGCCGAUUGCCAGACAGACAAAAUGAUGCGCCGCGAGUCCGUCGUCAUCGCCAUUCUGCUCUUCCUGCUUAUUGACGUAACGUGUCAAACCACCUUGGCAAAAAAUGUCCCUGCAGCUUUGGGGAAAAUCAAAAGCACAAAGCCUGUGAUUUGCAACAAGCAGAACUUUGAGCCGCUGAAACGCUGCUGCAAAGGCAGCGUUGGCCGAUUCUUCACCGACGCGGAAAUCAAAAUCUGCACCAAGGGUUUGUCCGACCGCCGACUUCUCACCUUCACCAACUUCAACUUCCACUCGCUCUACGACAAAAACAACAAUUUCGUUUUCGAUUCGACGGCCACUAAGAAUGCUCUAGGACCGCUUUUCGCCGUCAAUGAAUGUCUUUUCCGAGGGAAGAAGAAUCUCAUCGACGCGAGCGACAACAUAAUUUACGACAACAUCGUCACCCUGAUCACGCCUGCCUUCUCAGCAAACAUGUUGAGCGCAGGCGCACCCCCGGCGGUCGCUUCCGCUUCUCUGCCCGCAGAAAUGACCAAACUUUGCAAAACUGUGGUCGAAGCCAUGGUGCCGAAAUUGAUGACCACGCAGUACAACAAAACGAGCAGCGCCACCAGCCUGACGCGUCCGUUUUUGCUGAUGCAGUGCCUGAAGAGGACCCCUCUCGAUACGUGUCCGCCGACGCUGAGAACGACCAGUGCGACGUGCACCACCGCUGCCAACAACCUGAAAAUCUGCGGCUACUUCAACACCACCGUCACUUAUCUCACAUAGAUAUGAUUCAAGAUUUUUAAUUUUUUUCAACUUUUUAAAUAAAGGAGUGAUGUGAAACAAAUUAAGGGUUUUUUACUAAAAAAUUGUGCU